GUGACGGAAAGUUCGGCUCUCCCCUGGUCCAGCGGGGUCCGCGUUCGCGUCUCGCAUCCUUUUCCUUCUAAUGCGUGAUCCUCAUGAUCUAUCUGUGGAUUGGAUCGCGUUACGCGGCCACCACGUGACAGAGGGAUCGCCACAUGACUCCGGAAAGUGUGAAGUGCGUGAAAAGAGUGUUUCCGGUCCAGUGUCGUCGCGUGUGUCGUUCCGUGGCAAAUUCCGGCCGGAUCGAGGGUGCUGCGUGCGUCCGUACACCUUCAUUCCCUUAUAGUUGCUCACCGAAACCGACGAACGCGUUUUGCUACCACUGAUCGUUCGCGAGCUUCCCUCGAACUCGUCAAGGGUAUGUGAACCGAGCGGGCACGGGGUUUCAACAGCGUACGCGGACGUAGAUACAGUUUGUUGGUUAGGACAAGAGAAUGAAUGGAGCAACACACGGUGUGACAGUGUGAUUCGGUGUGGAUUUUUCGUCGUCGUUAGUGAUCGAUCAUUGGGUCUCGUGUGUCUUUGGAUGUUCAAGUUGCUCCGAUUACGAAAUGUCCGUGUUAUAGACGGUGAUCAUCCGGGAUGCUGUAACAUGCUGUUCUGCGUCAAGUUCUUGCCAAACGGCUUUCGCACAAUUCCGUGAAAGGCAAAUAUACGGAAGAAAGAGCGGGGCUGAUGUCCGCGUAAGAGCGGAAGAAGGGAAUUUCCGAAGCUUCGGUCCGUCCAAAGGAAGAGAAAGAGAAAGGAGAAAAAGAGAGGGGCAGCAGUGAAACGGUGGACGUAAUUCGACGGCAUCCGGUGCCUUCCUUCCUCUAUCCGCUCUGGCAGCUCGGGUCGUAAGGAUGAAGCGAACCGGUAAACAUCGGAGCCGUGGCUUUCUCUUGGGCAUCAUUAGGGCGGGCGCUUUCUACUUGUACCGCCAUAUCAAGCACGCUAUCAGAAACGAGAUUGUCUUUUUGUAACUCGGAGUCGUACGCGAUUUUCAAAAUGAUCCGGACCAUUGCUCCGAAACGACGAACUACCUCACUCGAGGUUUGAUCCAGUCGCGAUCAUUCCCGUGUCGACGCAAUCAGGACACCAUUCUCAAAAUAUACGUGCCCGUCGAGGGAAAACCGUGUCAGGCGUAACGGAUAAUAAAACAGCGUGCUCUCACCGUGUUUACCUUUCAUAACGGCGACUCGGGGAUGUCUGUCGGGAUCGCGUGUUGACUGUUCGCGGAAGAUUCGUCGGAGGAGGUUCUCCGGGAAGGGAUGGACAAACAACGUUGAACGCGAAAAGGGACUCGGGUUUUGAUAAUAAACUCGCUUGCUCGCAACUCUCGCUCGUAAUAACGUGCAAGUUCUCCCUUUCUCUCUCUUUCACUCCCUGUCUCUCUCCGAGAAGCCCAAGGAUGAUAUAAACGUGGAUGAUAUACUUGGAUGAAAGCAUUUAACCGCGGUGAAACGUUUAAACGAAACGAACCAUUCCGGUUGUACGUCUCGACACGGAUCGCCCACUGAUGCAUCCUGAACGCGCGCCGGAUCCUCGUGGCGACGAGAUGGGCACGAUCGUGCGCGUUCCGGCCUCCGGAGGCGGGUAGAGAUUCCAAGGGGGAAAUGAUAUCGUCGGUCGAGCUCGAGUGAUCGCGAAAGGGAGCAGGCGUGGAGACGGGGUUUCAAGGGCGCGAACGAAGAUGACGUCGUCGAUCCUGGCGCUGCUCGGCCUAAUCCUGGCGACUGCCAGCGCCGAGCUCAGCUCGAGGAUCGUCAGGACAAAGUACGGAGAACUGUCGGGCGUUAUCGUGACCCUCGAUCGGCACCUCGAGGGCGUCGAGGUGUUCCGCGGUGUUCCGUACGCGUCGCCGCCGGUCGGCUCGUUACGUUUCAUGCCUCCUGUCAGCGGUGCGCUUUGGCACGGUGUUAAGGUGGCCGACAAAUUCGGGCCCGUCUGCCCGCAGAGGCUGCCGGAGCUCAGUGACAAAAUGCCGAAAGGCAGGGUCGAGUACUUGAGGAGAUUGCUGCCCUACCUGAGGAACCAGAGCGAGGAUUGCCUCUACCUAAACAUUUACGCACCGGUACAAGGUUAG